AGUUUUGAGUUAACUCUCCGCAAAGAACGACCGUUGUGGAUAUAUUUUUACAUUCGGCUUAUGUUGACUUUCCAUAAAUAGUCUUUACAUAUAAUUAAGAAGGUAAAAAAAAGAGGCUUAUUGAUGUAGUUCGUGAAUUUUGCUGGACAUUUUAUUGAGAUUGUGCUUCAGUGUGUGAUUGUGUUGUGAAAAAGAAGUGGACAAGAGACUUUUUAAGAGGAAUAUAUAGCUAAAAGUAAAAGAACAAAACCUUGCUGAUUGGAGCAGACAAGAAAAUGGAUAUUAUUUUAAGAAAAUAGUGGAAAAAAAUUUGCUGACUCCGUGUGAUUAAUUAAUUGCAUUGGAGAUAAAUAGUGCUUGAAAGAGUUAUGUGCAAAAAGUAAUGUGAAUUCCACAAUGACAUUUAUUUUGAGAAUUUUUUUGUGUGCAUCGCAUGAUCUUUUGUUUUAUUAAGUAUUAGCAGCAUUAAGCUUAAUUUACUUGUGAAUAAAUUGUGUUGGUGUAGCCCACUGAUGGCAACUAUGUACAUGAACGUGGCAUCGUGAGGAUAUCAUUAAGUAGAGAUUAUUUUUCGCACAAUUUUCUCUGUCCAACAUCUAAAUACUAUUUGGAGACACCCACCUCUAUCUUCUUCAAACAAAAAAUUUCAUCAUCAUCGAACUACAUGAAAAAUGACACCGUGGCAUUGGAUGGUACUGCCCAUAAUUCUGCAAGUUUGCUGUGAGGCGGUUCAAGGUGCGUGGGGUAAAUUGCAGCCAUGUGAAGUGGAGACUGGACAAACAAAUAUCAUUCUGGAUAUUGAGGAGAGUCGUGGCAACUCCAUCGGCCAGAGAACAAACCCACCAGAAUUGCCAAUUUAUGGUGAUCCCUACAGUGAAAUCCUCCUGGAGUUGGUCUUCCCAAAGGGGAACAAGAUGUUCAACCUCGAUGGAAAGUCACUUCAUUUGAUAAAACCCUUGGACAGGGAUGAAGAAAAUCUGAGUCAUACUAUUUUCCAGAUCUCCUGCACCAUCAGAUCAACAAACCGCAAGAGAAAUAUUCCAAUAAUAGUUCGCGUUUCUGAUGUUAAUGAUAAUCCACCAGUAUUUAUUAAAACUCCAUAUGAAACAACUAUUCCUGAGUCAACACCUGUUGGUACAACAAUUUUCAGAGACAUUCUGGCCCAAGAUAUAGAUGCCGGUGUCAAUGGUCUCGUGGAGUACUUCAUUGUAGAGGGUACUCAGAACAUCACGGAUGACAAAGUUCAUACAGCUGAUGGAUAUGGCACAUUUUCCAUUGGAUUUCCUCAUCAAGGACAGGUCACUGUGGUUAAAACAUUGGAUUAUGAGCGAAUUCAGAGAUAUCAUCUAACAAUUGUGGCAUCGGAUCGCGCGCGAAAUGUCUCAGAGCGUUUGUCGGCAACAACAACACUUACAGUUAAUGUGGCAGAUUCCGAUGAUAUGGACCCAUCUUUCAUCUACCGGGGCUGCAUUCUUCUGGAUGGGGCUUGCAUUAAUCCAGAAUAUUCAGCUUCUGUACCAUCGGGAUCACUACAGGGUGUCCUAUCGGUGUUACCUGAGAAAAUUCAAGCAAUUGACUUGGAUACAAUAAGUUCUCCAAUUCGAUAUACUUUUCUCAGUGGGAUGCCAUCGAAUUAUGAUGAGUUCUUUACCAUUGACGAUCAGACGGGGAUAUUGAAACAAGUGAAGGUGAUUGACACAUCGGUGGCUAAGAAAUUCGAUAUCAUUGUGAAAGCUGAAGAAGUGUCCGAGUCGCGACGAUUUACCACAGCCAAGUUAUCAAUAACGGUCAAACCAGUUGACUCAAAUCCCCCGGUGAUUUCAUCUUCGCACACCGAAGGCUAUGUAGAUGAAAACUCACCGGUGGGCACAAAAAUUAUCGACAUCCAGGGCAAUCCCAUUCGUCUCAAGACAACCGAUGCAGACUUCUCGGCAGACGAUCCCAAACCGGACUAUAUCUACGAGUUAACUACCCCGUAUUUCACCGUGUCUGAUGAUGAGAUACUCCUUGUGAAUGAAGAAAAUCUCGAUCGUGAUCCACCAAAUCUUGGGGUGUUCCGAUUUCAGGUGGUAUCACGGGAGAAAUCCACAAAUGUUGCCAGUGCACCAAUCAGUUUGACCGUGACACUGAGGGAUGUGAAUGAUAACCCACCUAAAUUGCCCAUGAUACCACCUGUGACAAUAAUGGCAGGAGAUGAGACGCGUUUCGUGACCAAAGUCACUGCUACGGACAAUGAUAUUGGGGAAAAUGCCGUAAUUACUUAUUCCAUAUAUCAUGUCUCCAACAAUGGCGUGAAGAAAUUCUCCAUUGAUGAACGGAGUGGUGUGAUUGAGACAAGGGGGCCACUCAAUGCAGGAGAACAGUACAGUAUAACCGUUCAAGCAUCAGACAUUGGAAAUCUACAUUCUCAGGCUAUUGUGGAGGUAUCUGUAACUCCUGGGCCUAACACCAAGCCUCCACGUUUCGUGAAACCCGUGUACGAGGUACAGGUGAGUGAAGGUGCAGAUAUAAAUGCCACAAUAGUGGUGGUAAAAGCAGAAGAUCCGGAAAAUGAUCCAGUGAAAUAUGCUAUACUUUCGGGAAAUGAUCUGAGGCAGUUUUCAGUUGCUCCUGAUACUGGGGUUAUUAGUGUGAUUCGAAAACUUGAUCGUGAAGAUCUUACGCGGUAUCAAUUGAUUCUACGGGCCGAAGAUAAUGGGGGCCUUUCUUCAACUGCCACAGUUAAUAUUCGCGUGACGGAUAUCAAUGACAAUAAUCCGGAAUUUGAUGAGAAUUCCCUGCCUUAUCAAUUUAGUGUUGAAGAAGGUCGAGCUGAUACUGUUGUGGGGGUUGUUCAUGCCGUAGAUGCUGAUGAGGGAAUGAAUGCUAAUAUUACGUACUCCUUGCCAUCGGACAUUCCUUUCAAGAUUCAUCCUCAAUCUGGGGAAAUUCGUACAAUCACUGCCCUUGAUUAUGAGAAGGUGAAAGAGUACAAAUUUGUUGUUACGGCCAAGGAUGGGGCUCCUGAUACGAGACUUGGGACUGCGAGUGUUUCUGUUAAAGUGACUGAUGUGGCAGAUGAAGUUCCUAUAUUUUCCGAUGAUAGAAUUGAUGUGAGAGUUCCGGAGAAUGUUCCUGAUCUCACGAUUGCUACUGUUAAAGCUACUGAUCCCGAUACUCGGCCAGAGAUUACAUAUCAAUUGCGUCAGGGAGCAGUGGAACUGUUCCGUGUAGAUCCGAAGAAUGGUCAAGUUAAAACCAUUCGAGGAUUGGACUAUGAGAAGGAGAAAACACAUGAACUUAUUAUAGGGACUGUGGAGAAUGAUGGAAAUGAUGUUGGGGAUGUUGUUAGGAUUCAUGUAGAUGUUGAGGAUCGCAAUGAUAUUCCGCCGGUAUUUGUUAGUGUACCUGAACCAAUUACAGUGAAUGAUGAUCAGAAAAUUGGAACAAUUGUUGGAUCAAUGCCGGCAAUUGAUGCUGAUGGUACAGCUCCUGGGAAUGUAGUUAGGUACGAAAUGGUGGGUAGGGGCAAGGCUCAGAAGUACUUCCAAGUCGAUCCGGAUACCGGAGUCAUUCGUCUUCGGGAUGAAUUGAACAAGGAUGAUGAUACUGAGUAUCAGGUUGAUGUUAGAGCUUUUGAUUUGGGUGAUCCGCAACUUUCUUCAGUUGCUACUUUGCCAGUUUUCGUGAGGCACCUCCUGAAUGAUCCCAAUGGAGGAGCUGAAGAAUAUGAAGCUGAAGUGAAGAAUGGAGAUUUUAACAGUGGUACCUUCAGCAAUCAGAUUGGAUUGGCUUUUAGUGAAGAUAACUAUGUUGCGCAUGUUUUGGAAACGAGUCCUGUUAACACAACGGUAAAGGCCAUUCAAAUAGUUAACUCGAAGAAAGCCACAAAGGUCAAUCCGGGAUUCAAGUGUGACAUAGUCAAGGGGAAUAUUUUUGGGCAAUUCUGGUCAGUUGUUGAGAAUCACUCCUGUAUCAUCAGUAUCAACAAACAGCUAGACUUUGAGAAUAAGUCCUUCCAUGAUUUGGAUGUUAAACUCUCGUCUCUCAAGUAUUUCGUGAAUCCCUUGAAGAGUGUGACAAAAUUGAAAAUUGUCGUUCAGGAUGAAAAUGAUAAUCCUCCUGUAUUUGUGAUCCCUUCAUAUUCCACAAAUAGUCCUCAUUCAGACACUUACUACGGGGUAGUUCCCGUCGAUGCAGACAUAGAUACCGCAAUCCUCCAAGUCAAGGCUACAGACAAGGAUUCAGGAAAGUUUGGGAUGAUAAAGUACAGAAUAUUUUCUCCUGGGAUAAAUUCUGUGGGAAAUGAUAAAGAAAUCACUUCGUAUUUCACAAUUUCCGAAGAUACGGGUAUUGUUCGGCUACAGAAGAGUGUUAAGAACAUCAAGAAUCUCCCAGUAACCUUCUCUGUGGAAGCUAUGGACAACAAUGGCGAGAGCAAUGGGCAUUUCAAUACAGCGUAUGCGCGAAUUGUGAUUAACACAAUAUCAGACAUCAACAGGAUGUCUCUGGUAUUCUCAGAUGCCAGCUCAAAGGACGUCCGGAGUCAUAGUAAAGCUCUGGAGGAACUGAUCUCAGAGAAAACAUCUGGUCUCAUUGCUGGCAUAGAGAGAUUUAGCAGUAGGAAGUUCCUAACGGCAAAUGGAACUGUUGAAGAAGAUCCCAACGCUACUGAUGUCUGGUUCUAUGUGAUAGAUCCUAAAACCGAGAUGAUCCUCGAAAGGAAUUCCACCGUAGUCGAAGCCAGUCUGAUUGAGGCUGAUGCUCAGUCUGAAUUGAGUUUUGCAGCCUCGGGAAUAGCUAAAGCCACAGCACAGGGAAUCUUUGCUCCAGUUGAAACUCGAAAGCAUAUACACAAAGUCCGUACAGCCAUAGCAGUUGAUAAUGAUGUCUUCCCCUACGCCCUAAUAGCAGUGUCCCUAGUAAUCCUUAUCCUUGGUACCAUUGGUAUAAUAUAUAUUUGUAUCUCAUGGUCGAGAUAUAAGAAUUUCAAGGAAAGAAUGAGACACUAUCCAACCCCACCGAAUCCAAUGCGAUACGAUCCCGUGAUCAUUAGCAAUCAAAAUGUUGAUGCUAGUACAACAAGCCUAAAAGAAUAUGAAACUCAGGUGUUGGCCAUGGCAGUCAAUGCUGAUACAGAAGAUGAUCUUCAGAUGGACUUUAGCACAAAGAAUCAUGCAUUUACGCUCGAUAAUGUUAGCUAUAUUACGCACAAGGAGAAUGGUGGACGGAGUCCUUCGCAUUCAGAAGCCACAACGGCUGUAAUGUCCACUCUUCAGCGCAACAACAACAACAAUCUCAACAAUCAAACCAGUAAUGGGAAUAAUCACCAGAAUACUUACAAUAGAGCCCUCGAAGUCAACCGCAAUAAUGCCAAUACCUUGGUUAAGAACUCGGGAACGCUCACACUUGGGAGAAUAAAGUCUGACAGGAACAACUACAACAAUGGGUACGGCAUGAAUUCGCUGAGUAGAAAUAACUUGACCCAAAAUAACACAUUCAAUACUCUUAAUGGCAACACAUGCAACAUAUACAGCGGUAGCGACAGCAACGAACUCAUGACAAACACCUUGGGCCGAAAUAAUAGGCAUCAGAAAGAUAUAAUGCCAGUCACAAGUCCCCUAUUUCAACAAAGACAAUACGGCGGAUCACACUUUAAUCAUCCGAGUGCAACAAAUGAGAAUGUCACAUUUGCCAAUAAGGACUACAAUCCGCUGGGCUUUGCCUACCUGAAUGAUCUUGAUCGAUCCGAUGUGGAGACCACCACCGAAUUGUAGUCUGCUUUCAGGUAGGGGCGAGGCCAAAUGGACCAGUAAUUGUUUUUCGAAUUUGUUAAUAAGUUUUUGGAGGAGUGUAGUUAUUUACAGAAUAUAUUUUUUUUACAUAGGAAAUGAGUCAAAGGAUGCAAAAGAAAUAUCCUUAAUUAUUUAUUCCUUUUAUACUCAAAGAAAUCGACUAAAUUUGUUUAAAAGAAAAUUUAAAUAAAUGUAUACUUAUUUUAUAGGGAGUGCCUGAGUAUUUUUGAGAGUUUAUUUCUCAAAAGCAUUUUAUAUGAUUUCAAUUAGGCCAUGUAAAUUUAGUUUUAAAUUUAAAAAUAAAAAAGAAAUGUUGUAAGAAUGAGGGAAAGUGUACAGUUUCGAAGCAAUGUAAUAAUUGUUCUAGAAAGAAGACCAUCCUUAAAUCAAUUAACUACAUGACUUCUCUUUGCCAAUAAAUUCUUGAUAGAAUAUUGAGACUCCAGCAUUAGAAAUUUAGUUUAUUCAGUCAUUGCAUUUCAGUGCAAAUAGUAACAAUAUUAAAUGACGAAAUAGUGUAAAUAUUGCUAUAAUAUUAUAUAUUUUAUUAAAGUACUAUACAAUAAUUUAUAGAAUGUGUAAUAAGUAUAAAAUGCUUCCGUGAUUACUCACUGUAUUAUAUAAAGCAAAAAUAAAUUUAAAAAAAAAAUGAUCCAG